UCAGUUUUUUUUUUCAAAGCUCUUUUCAAAACUGUUUAAAAAUAUCAAAAUAAAAUAUUUUGUAAAAUGUUUUCGAGUGCAGAAUUUGUCGAAGAAUGGAAUCAAAUAUUUUCUUUUAAAAUAAAAGAAGUUGAUUUAGCAAAACCAACUGAAACGUUUGUAUUUAAUGCUCUCAUAAAUUACUUGCAAAUGUUUAAUUUUGAUACAUCGCCAAUGAUUCAAUUUAAAAAUAGCGAAAAUGCAACUGAGAAACGAGCAUUCCUUGUUCGAUUUUGUAACUACAUUGAUCAUAUUUACAAGAUCUCUGAUAAAUCUCAUUGUUUCUUUUAUUAUGACUUGAAACAUCCUUCUCCAAAGAAAACUGUCCAUAUGCUUAAUCAUUUGUUGAACUAUUUUUUCUACUACAACAUGUUUAAAGAAUCUAUAGUUCCACUGGCCAGUGCUAAAAUCCGCCAAAGGCAGAACCUAAUCGAUGAAAUACAAAAAUAUAAAUUCGAACAUGAACAAAUCGCAAUCAGGGCGAAAAAUAUUGAAAAGUACAUCAAAAACUAUAUCCCACUGGCACCUCAAACAUUAAACCAACUCAAUGAAAUAAUUAAAGAAGAAGCGACUCAAAAAGAUGUCAUAAUCAAAUUGGAAGAGCAAUUGAAUGAAUGCAAUAGCGUAUUGGAAUCGCUACGGGAAAAAGAGGCACAUCUUACUAUGAAAACUGUCUCUAAAGAAGAGGUGGAAAGUUUACUAUCAUCAAAAAAUACUCUUGCCAGAACAAUUUCUGAACAAGAAACAAUCGAGAGUGCAACGUACUCAAAGAAUCAAGAGCGUGCUGUAACUCUAGCUCAAUUGCAGACCACAAUGUCUAGCAUCGAAGAUGCUAAAGGUUUAAAUUCACUGUCGUCCUUACAAUCUCAUAAAGAAUACGUUACUAAGUUCAAAGAGUUGGAAUCGAAGUUUGCCGAAAUCAGUCGAAGGCAAGCAACUUUAAAAACUAUCAACGAGAAACUCAUAGAAGACUUGAAACAAAUAGAAAAAGAUAUCGCUUCUAAAAACGCUUUAUUAAAAGAUAUGAAGGUUUCUGGUGACAAACAAAUCGAUGAUAUGAAAAUGUUAACUGAAGCAAAUGAAGCAUCCAUUUAUGAUUUAGAACACGAAUUACACAAUACAGAAAAACAGUUAGCAGAAGAAAAGGAUGUUACUGAGUAUAUUUUGGAAACGACUGCUUUGCUAGUUCGAGCCACAAUAGCUGAUUCUAAUGAAACCUAAGCAAAAAUUCUUCAGUUUUACGAUUUUGUUUUUAAAGCAUGCAGUCUUAGUGUGAGUAUUAUUUAACUUUUCAACAAAAAA